AUGUUUCAUCUGAAGUGUCUGGUGCGGCAGGAAGACACCUCGCUCAGGGAGCGCUACUCAGAGCAGCCCUUCCUGGCAGUGCUCCGACCCGGCCUGGUUCCAGCCUUUCAGCAUCAGCUUAAUGACAAAAAGAAACCUGGAGCCCAGACCAAUCCUUGGCCCACCCUUGGGAGCGUAGUUCUCAGGAGGCCUGUGAUGUCAGUGAUGGAUGGUGUUGUGUUCGCCUGGAGCAGUGGACCAUGCCCUGCUGGCCUGUCACGAAGCUUUGCACAAACGCCAAGACUGAUGAUGUGCACCUGGUUUCAUUGCUGGAGCCUGGAAUUUCAGUUGCUGUGGCUGAUUGAUAGCUGGAUGUGUCUAUGUGACCCAUCUCCUGUUAACACCUGGACCCUCAGACGGGUGCGGGUUUUUUCCACGAGUGACUCUGCAGUUCUCCAUUGGAGACAAAGUCUGUCCUGA